UACUGAUUAUAAAAAUAUUCAACAGGUCAAAGGUAAAAGAGGUAACAAAUAAUAAUUAAUACUAACAAAUAGUAGUGGUAAUAGUAGGUUAAUCUAGAAUCAAAUAUUAACAUUGUUAUAGUUAAGGUAAACUAUGUUAAAAUGAGUGUGUUAAUAUUGUACAGUAUAGUUUUUUUACUGAUUUUCAACGUCGACUGUCAAUUGCAUUAUGCAUUCGACGAUGAUGGACCAACGUUAUCGGAGGCUGAUGAACGUUUAAUUAAUUUGACGUUGCUGACUAAAAAUGUUCUUGAGCAUUAUCAAAAUCCCGAUCCGGUUGGGUUACCUAAAGCAAUUACACCGCCAUACUCAGAUCCCGAACCUAUACCCGACACGGAUAACAUGGGAUGGAAUAUAUACAACUCUACAAUGAGAGGCCAUUCGAAAUUUAGACUCAAACAACUAUACCUGAAUAUAGUCGACUUACAAUUAGAGUUUGGAAUAUCAAUCGAUACAUUAGAAGUGGUGGGCAAUUAUUCAACAUGGCAAGUAAUUCACACGUACCGGGGAUACUACAAUGUGACGCUGGUCGACUUGCAUAUUGACGGGCAUGUAAGUUUAAAAGUAGGCGACUCGGGACAUCUUGAAACCAAUAAAAUAAAUAUGAAUAUGAACUACAAAAGUCUGCACAUAGAUUCAGAUAAGGUAAAUAAAAAUAUUCCUUUAUACGAAACAUUUGUGAACACCUUCACUAAUUUUGUUGUCGAGACAAUCAAGCCGAUUAUUAUGAAACUGGUCAACAUAAUGAUUAAGGACGAACUCAACGAGAAAAUGAAACAUUUCAAGAGGUUCCCAAAUACAAUUCCGCCAGUAGAUCUUUUGAUUGCCGAGAGCCGUCAACAAAUAAAAUCUCUGGGAUUUGAUCCAUGGCGAAUAGAAGAUGUUGUCAAUGCGUUUAAUUUCAACAUCUUCAGUUUAGAUGUGAAUAACAUAUGGAUAACAGGAUUGUCCAGUAUAUAUAGACUAGGAGAUAUUAACGUCAGUAUACAAAAUAGAACUAUUAUAUCAGUGUAUCACAUUGGAACACAAGAAUUGGAAGGACAUUGUCAUUGGAAAAUCGGGGCAGCGGGCAUUUUGAAAACCACCGGUUUUAUGAGUUUUUCAAUUGAUUACAUACGAGUAGAGGCCAACGUAACUCAGCCGAUGGACACGAGAUUAGCACCAUACUUAAAUGAGAUGGGACUGUCAGUAGGAAACAUCCAGUUACGUAUGGAUGGAGCGGGAUCUCUGGAUUACUUAGCAGAAGCGCUAAUUAAUAUCAUACCAAACAUUUUGAGGAAUCAAAUUGUAGAUGCUAUGGAACUACCAAUAAAAAAGAGAAUACAAGACAUUUUAGAUAAGGUCAACGUUCAAGAAAAAAUUCAACAAAGAAUUCCACCAAUAAUUGAUAAAAUGAUGGAACACAAUAUUACCGAUAUAUUCAAAGAAAAUGAGAUAACACACGAAGAUAUUAAUAUUAUAAGUAAAGAAGAUUUUUGAUUUAUGUCAAUAAAAUAAUUAAAGUGUAAAACAUUUGAACAAUUAUUACGAUAAUAAACUUGAGACUUUAAAAAUUUUAAUUGUAAUCAUAAUAUAAUAUAGAGAUUGGAGAGUAAAGUCAUUUUUACCUUCAUCUGAUUCCAGUUAAUUUUGUUCUGAUAUGUUCAGAGAUAACUUCGAUCAUUGUGAUUUGAACUGAGUGUGAACCUUGGAAGUCCACGAUGGCACCGUAUUACAACAGUUGUAUUUAUAAUUUACAAUUAAAAUAAAGACAAACUCAUUUAAACAAAAA